CACAUUGCACAAUUUCACAUCUCAUACUCUAUUUUUUUUUCCUUUUACACAUACACAGAUUUUUUCAGUGUUUCAGUGUUUCAGUGGAUGCAGAUUUUGCUCUGUUUCGUGGGUACAGUUAUUCUGUACCUGUUCUGGCAUUUCACCGUAGAGAUUCAGUCAUGGAGAAGAAGGUUAUCGACUGGCUCAACCACGAACAUCCUUUGAUUCUUGCUGAAAAUGUGAGUAAAGACGAGACUUCAAAUUGUUAUGGGUGUGGUAAUCCUGUAACUGAUUUGGAAGUGGUAUAUGUUUGCACGGUGCAAAAUUGUUCGAAUAGGAUUAUUCUCCACAAGAGAUGUGGAGAAUUACCUAGUCAAAUUUUGCACCCUAAACAUCCUCAACAUCCCCUUCAUCUAUUUGAUUACCACAAGUUAUUCGGUCUCUGGUGUGAUAAUUGUUUGCGUGAUAUUGAAUCUGCGCUUGGGUACAAAUGUUCUAGCUGUAAUUUCGAUUAUGAUGUAACAUGUGGAAAGAUAAGCAUAGAUAUGAUACUAGCAGAGAAUAGGCAAAUAGAACACCCAAGUCACCCUGAUCACCCUUUAACACUGAUGAGAAAGCCUUCAUUUCUCUUUUGUUGUGAUGGUUGUGGCGUUGAAGAUGUGGACAUGGCGUAUAUAUGUAGCAUAUGUGAGGUGUGGAUUCACAAGAGUUGUGCAUCGUUGCCCCUCAUUCUCCCCUUAAAUCGCCAAUACCACCACCAUCCUCUUUCUCUUUCCUUCAGUUUUCCAUCAAAGUAUUGCGAGUAUAUAUUCGAAUGUGAUGUCUGUCUCAAAAGAUUAGAUAGAACAAGUUGGAUAUAUUUUUGUGGUAUUUGCAGAUUCUUUGCCCAUAUCAGAUGUGUUGUUGCAUCCACCACAGGAGACUCAAAUUUACAACAUGAUGAGGAUGAUGGUUCUGACGCGAUUGAGUUCCCGCUACAUGCACAUGACAUAUCGAAGGAGUUAAUCACACCUUUUGUGAUGAGAGAAAAAGGUCUUAUCAACAUCCCGGAUGUAGCAGACAUGCCAGCAACGGUGAAGAUGGCAGUGACCAAAGCAAGGUUUUCAUUUUCAUUCAAUUAUCACAAGCAUCCUUUGAGUUUGGUUUCAGAGAUGUCCAGUAAAGAUGAUGAAGUUGAUCACAACAAUAUGAUGGACGAGAGAGAUGAUGAUGGUGAUGAUGCGUUGAAGAUAUGUGAUGUGUGUGUCACACCCAUAUGUUCUCCUCCAUAUUACGAGUGUGCUCCUUGCAAAUAUUUUGUGCACUCCAUUUGCUCCUUGCUUCCAAAAACAUUAUCUUCUCCUCAUGUCCUGUAUAGUGGUUGCCCAGAAAUGCAUGAUACGAACCACAAACUCACACUCUACUCAAGCUCAUUAUCCAUAGAUAUGGGUACAAUGCCUUGUAGGUGUGUGGCUUGUGGAUAUAUCACAAACGGGAUGGUGUACGAGUGUGAAGGGUGCGAGAUGAAGAUAGAUGUCAAGUGCGCUUCUCUACCGACAACUAUCAGACACGCAUCUCACCCACGCCACGGAUCACUGGUCAUGACUAGAAUACCACCAAGAGAAGAAACUGGCAAACCGAAACGUUGCUCUGGCUGCUUAUAUGUCUUGGACAACUGUAUUGCAUAUUGCUGCAGCAGCAAUGACUGCGACUUUAAGUUGGACUUGAACUGUGCUAUGCUGCCGGCGAGCAUAACGAUGCGUGAGUGGGACAAGCACCAUUCAUUGAUGUUGUCAUUUGAUGCCUCUUUCGACCAUCCCUCCGACUUUGUUUGUGAUCUUUGUGAAGUGGAAUUGCAUCCCAAGAUGUGGAUGUAUCACUGUCACCAAUGCGACGUUUCAUUCCACCUUAAUUGUCUAAAAGCUGCAUCUGGCAGGUAUAGAAACAUCAAAUUUGGGCGCCGAUUUGUGUUGGACGGGAUUCAUCCGAAUCACCCGCUCACUUUCAAUCACAUCACUACCAAGAGAAGAUGCAACCUUGGUGAUGCGGGUGUGUAUGACUACUGUGGGUUUGAAUGUGCAUCAUGUUACUAUGUUGUGUGCUUUGUUUGUGUUAGGAAAGAGUUAUCUAAAGUGGAUGUACUAAUUUGAAAGUUGUUGAGUUUGGUCUUUCCUUCGGUUUUGUAUGCUCUCUCCACUUUUUUAAGUUUAUUUUUCAAUUAUCCAUCACAACCAACUCACAACAUAUGUUUAAAAUAAAUGAGACUCUUAUUUCACUC